AUGAUGCUGGUUGAAUAUUACAGCCAGGUUUUCCUGCUCUCUUCCCCAUCUCACCUUCAUCUCCCUCUCUUCUCUCCCCAUUCUCUACCCUAUGCCCCUCUCUCCCUCCUCCUCCUCGCCCCGUCUCUGGUUCCCCACUCUAAACAGGACUGGUUGUUCCUCACUCGCUUCUGUUUUCUCACUGAUUUUGGACGUCUGGACUUCCGUUUCCGCUACCAAAAGUCGCGAUGCUGUCAGAAUAUAUUGCUCUACUUUGAUGACAGCUCUCAGUGGCCAGCUGUGUACAAGAACCCGGACAAGGACUGCUACCAAAAGGAGGCAGUGUUGAGGCCAGAGAAUAACCAGGUUAUCAACCUGACCACGCGCUACACCUGGUCUGGCUGUGUGGUGGAAGGAGAGGGAGAUGAGGAGGUGCUGAGUUGUGUGGGAGGUCGUAGUUUCCGCUCGGUGAGGGAGAGAUGGUGGUACAUCGCUCUCAGCAAGUGUGGGGGGGAAGGUUUGCAGCUGGAGUAUGAGAUGAAGCUGACCAAUGGCCAGUCUUUCUGGACACAGCAUUUCUCUGCAGACGAGUUUGGGAUCCUGGAAACUGACAUCACGUUCCUGGUUAUCUUCUCCCUGGUCUUCAUCCUCUCAUGUUAUUUUGCCUAUAAUCUGAAGGGAAGGCAGCUUCUCCAUACGACAUAUAAGAUGUUUAUGACUGCGGCUGGUGUAGAAGUUGUCAGCCUUCUGUUCCACUGUAUCUACUGGGGCCUGUAUGCCAGAGAUGGAGUGGGCAACGGCAGUCUCAAGAUAAUGGGGAAAUUACUGUUCUCUGUCAGUUUCCUGGUGUUCCUGCUGAUGCUGAUCCUGCUGGGGAAAGGCUUCACUGUCACCAGGGCGAGGAUCAGCCACAGUGGCUCUGUCAAGCUGUCCAUCUACAUGACAGUCUACACCGUCACCUAUAUCAUCCUCUUCAUAUACGAGGCAGAGUUCUUUGACCCAGGUGAAGUGCUGUAUGCAUAUGACAGCCCGGCGGGCUACGGUCUGAUGGGUCUCCAGCUGCUGGCCUACGUGUGGUUCUGCUACGCCGUCCUGAUCUCCCUCAAACACUACCCUGAGAAACAACCCUUCUACAUCCCCUUCUUCACGGCAUACACACUCUGGUUUUUCGCAGUGCCCGUCAUGGCUCUGAUAGCUAACUUUGGCAUCCCUCGCUGGGCACGGGAGAAGAUCGUCAACGGCAUCCAACUGGGAAUCCACCUCUAUGCUCACAUCGUAUUCCUCGCUAUCACGCGGCCCUCUGCGGCCAAUAAGAACUUCCCGUACCACGUGCGGACCUCUCAGAUCGGGAUCCUGCUGUCUAGUCCGAAGGCGGGUGUGGCGAGUGAGAGUUUCCCCCACCACGCCUAUGGGAACAGCUCCUUCCUGGGCGACUCCCAGCCCAACUUCACAGAACUGUUCUCCAUCCAGUCGGGCCCAGUGAAGACGGUGGAGGAGACGGUGGCCCGGAAGGGACAGGAAGUGCAGAGGAACAGUGAGCAUAAGAUCAUCACCACCACGGCCGACCUGUCGUUACCCACCUUCCCCCCACUCCCUCCCCCCAUGCCCCCCUGCCUCUCCGCCCACUCCCCCCCUCCCCCUCCACGACUCCCCUCCCACUUCACCGAGUACUUUAGCAUGCAGGGGGGAGGGGGCAUGGGCACCAAGGCAUGA